GAGUGUUACCUAGAGUGUUACCUAGAGUGAUACCUAGAGUGUUAGUCCACAGACAAACAGACGUUACACUUGCGAAAUUUCCAUCGACCACGCUUUUAACGAUCAUUUUAAAUUUUCAUAGUUAUGGCUUUCACAACCAGAGGCGCGCGCAUUGUCUUUCAAUGCGUUUGACGUUUCACACUAGCGCCUUCUGUUGACGAUAUGGCACAACACAGCGAUUCGUGCAACUUUUCCACCAGGUGAUGGUAGUGUGAACUGAGCGAUGGAUUUACAUGAAAAUCGUUCAAGGUGUUACGUCUGUUUGUCUGUGGUUAGUCUAUGGUGUUACAGUACGAAAAUCUGUCUCUACUUUUAGCCGAAAAUGCAGAAGCAGCCACCAAGUACAGGAUAUUCUUGCCGAGGACUACAACCAUAACCGCCCAAAAGUAUCAAUUUUCAAGAAUGACCUUAUCCUCUCUAACACAAAUCUUCCUCCUAGCUCCUGCCACGUGCUCUGUCGCCGAUUCUUCAUCUGCAUUCUCAUCGUAGCCGUAGUUUUGCUGUCCUUGAUCAUCUACGCUAUCUACCACUACGGAUCCAGGCUACCGGACACCUGCCACAGCAAGGAAUGUCUCCGUUCGGCCGCGGCCUUCAAGCAGAAUAUGGACCUCAACGUGGACCCCUGCGAAGACUUCUACAGCUAUGUCUGCGGGAAAUGGGCCGACGAUCACCCGCGUCCAUCGGGACGUGGAGGCUACAACUGGUUCGAUGAGAAGCAAACGAAGGUUUAUCGGAUCAUCCGGGGUCAUCUGGAGACCAAUGUGACCCAAGAGGAUCCCAAACCGGUUGCCCAGGCUAAGGUAAUGUACAAAGCGUGUCUUGGGAGAGCUUAUCGGAACCAUUAUGGAUACACGGCCGUAAGGGAACUCCUGAAGGAGCUUGGCUUGCCGUUGAUCCCGUCGUUGUUGAGCAGUACGAAGAUAUCUGAGAAAUUCGGAUUCGAUUGGGUCAGUUCGGUUGCGAAAAUACGGCGAACACUGGGUCUGAACGUCCUUGUGGGUCUCUCAAUAGAGCCGGACUAUCGUGACUGGAACCGGAAUCGGCUGACGCUACAGUACUACUACAGUCAGGAGCUGGAGUUCACAAUCUACCAAUGGUCGCAAAAGACUAAGACUAAGAAUAAUCGAAGGCCAUCUUCUCUGUUGGUGCCGGAGGAAAUGGAAGGGAAUGAUGAAGACGAGAAGGAAUCUAGUGAAUUAGCUAAAUCCUUUGCGAAACUUGUCGAUUUGAUCAACCCGGACUUCAACACAACCCGAACCAAAGACAAAAUGCUCCUACUCGCAAGACAGUUGAUAAACUUCCAAAAGGCUGUUCCUAACCCACUCGAUUCGGAAGCAGACGACGACGCUGUCUACUACACCGUUGAAGAACUUCAAAAUCUGACGGAUUCUCACAUCAACUCCGCGAAACCUUACCCCAUCUGGCAACGCUACGUAGACGUUCUCUUUGCCGAGCAUCCCGAUGUGAAGCCUUCCAACGAUGAGGAAAUACAACUGACCUACGAGACCGUGGAUAUCCUAAGAAAGCUGAUCGACGUAAUCUACGAUCAACCGCCGGCAUUGAUCGAACUGUACAUCUGGAUGGAGGUCGUAUCGUUUCUGGUAGACCACAAGUUCAACGAUGCCUCACAGGAAGAGGACUGCGCCAAGGUCGUCCACAAACUGAUGGGACUGGCUGUCAGCUAUACGAUUGCGGACAAGAACUUUCUUGAGCAGACCAAACCCAGGGUAGAGCAGAUGGUGUCCAACAUUAAGGAGCAGUUCGAUCAGAUGGUGCUGGAGACCGAUUGGAUGGACGCCUACACCAAGUACGCUUCACUGGAGAAGUCCAAGGCCAUGAAACCGUUGAUCGGGUUCCCCGAGUGGAUACUGGACGUGAAGAAGUUGGAGAGGCACUACCAAGGGUUACAGAUCAGUCCAACUCAUCAUUUGCAGAACUGGAUCAACGCGCUCCAGGCGUUGAACGCAGAGUGGCUACGCUCGUGGCGUGUACAGAGCAAUCUACUAUGGGAUGCGGAUCCAACGGAGGUCAAUGCGUUCCACUUUACGACUCGGAAUGUCAUCGUAUCCGUUCUACCACCUUGGAUUAGAGUAAGUCCCACAUCUUGUUCAUCAUCUCGCACCCGACUUACUGUUCAAAAUUAUAGGGCCCUGAACUACGGCGCUCUCGGAGAGACCCUCGGUCAUGAAAUCACCCACGGUUUCGACAACGAUGGACGCCACUAUGACAAAUACGGAAACGAGGAGCGCUGGUGGUCCGAGGAAACGAUACAGGAGUACGACAACCGUUCCAAGUGUCUGGAGGACUUGUACAGCUCGUACUACGUUCCAGAGGCGAACGCCUUUAUAAAUGGCACCAUCACCCUUGGAGAGAACAUUGCCGACCAUGGUGGACUUCGGGAAGCGUUGCGAGCCUACCGAGCGUACGUGAAAAGGAACGGUCCCGAGCCGCUGCUACCAGGAUUUGAGAAGCUAACCCAUGAACAACUGCUAUUUAUCUCGUUUGGGAAUCAAUAUUGCGAAACGAUAAGGCCGUCGAUGGCCAGAGUGCUACUGGAAGAUGAACACAGUCCGUCCAAGUUUCGGGUGUUGGGAGUGCUGAGUAACAUGGCGGAGUUCAGUGAGGCUUUCCGGUGUCCACUCGAUAGCAAGAUGAAUCCGGAACGUAAGUGUCGAGUUUGGUCUAUGAACGAAGAAGCGGUCAUCACUAAAAAGAGCUCCUGCCGACGGUUCUCCAUCUGCAUACUCCUCAUUGCCGUAAUGGCCCUAUCGUCGAUCGUUUAUGCUGUCUACAACUACGCAUCCAACCUACUGGACGUCUGCCAAACCAAGGAAUGUCUCCGUUCGGCGGCCGAUUUCAAGCAGAACAUGAAUCUCUCAGUGGAUCCAUGCGAUGACUUCUACUCCUACGUCUGCGGAAACUGGGCUAACGAUCAUCCAUGUCCGGCAGGGUAUGAUACCUAUAGCUGGUACAACGAACGCCAGUUAAAGGUCUACCGGAACAUACGAAGUCAGCUGGAGGCCAAUGUCAGCAGAUCCGACCCGAAGCCAGUCGCCCAGGCCAAGUCCAUGUACAAGGCGUGCCUGAACAAAACUAAUCGGACACAAUACAAAUAUGAAGCAGUUCAGCGUUACCUGAAGGAGUUUGGCCUUCCAUUGACUCCGAUGCUCCAGAACUGGACCAAGACUCCAUACGAGUUCGAUUGGAUCAGUUCAGUGGCUAAGAUCCAGCGAACGCUGGGUUUGAACGUGAUCGUGGGAUUUGACAUCGAGGAAGAUCACCGGGACAAGAAUCGAAAUCGGUUGACCUUCAAUUAUCAACACAGACCGAAAGUAUGGAGCCUCCCUCACGGCCGGACUAAGCUGAAGUCCAAGGCUCACGAUCGUCAACCGGCCGCUGUACGAUGCGACUCGUAUGAUACAAAUGAUUCAGUUAACGAAAAUACGGAGGUGGAUCACAAGGCAGACGGAGAGGGCAAUAACGAUGGAAUCUAUACUUCUGAACUGGCGGAAUCGUUCGCGAUCAUGAUCAAGGCAGCCAAUCCAAGCAUUGAUAUCAGCAUGAUUGACAAGAAAACAAUGAAUGUUUUGGCUAAGAAAUAUACAAGGUUUUGGCGAUCACUUCCUAAGCCUCUAGAUUCAAAAAUAAAAUCCAAGCUUGAGUACUACACCGUUCAACAACUCCAGAAUGCAACUGAUCAUCACAUCAAGCCUAAGAAGCCAUACCCUGUGUGGCAGCGCUACCUGGAUAUCCUAUUUGCCAACCAGCCCAAUACUAAACCUUCCGGUGACGAACAGCUGCAGAUGACUCCAGAGAACGUCGAGUUCCUCGGAGAGCUGAUCGACGCAGUCUCUAAUCAACCCCCGGUCCUCAUAGAACUGUACGUUUGGAGAAGAGUAACCAGGUUCCUGAUGGAACACCAGUUCAACGACGCCACACUGGAGGAGCAAUGCGCCCAAGUCGUCCAUAAGCUGAUGACACGGGCCGUCGGCUAUAUGAUAGCGGGCAAUAGCUUCCUGGAGCGGACCAAGCCUCGCGUCGAACAGAUGUUUACCGAUAUACGGGACGAGUUCGGCCAAAUGGUGCUGGAGACGGACUGGAUGGAUACCUAUACGAAGAAUGCUUCCCUGGAGAAGUCCAACACUAUAGUGUCGUUUAUAGGAUUUUCCAAGUUGAUACUGGAUGAUAAGAAGCUGGAAGAACUCUAUGCAGGGAUGGAGAUCAGUCCAACCCGUCACUUGGAGAAUUGCGUUACCGCCUUGGAGUUCGCCAUCACAAAAAGGCUGCAAUCGUGGCGAAAAGAGGACAACAAGAUGCUGAUCUGGGAUCCAACAGCAGUCACAAACAAGAAUUGGAACGCCAUCAGCAUUCCAAUAGCCAUCAUUCAGUAUCCUUUCUACUACCUUGGGUUGGAUGCGCUGAAUUACGGAGCCCUUGGAAAGAUCUUGGGUCAUGAACUGAUCCACGGUUUCUACAAUGCAGGAAACGAGAAACGCUGGUGGUCCAAUCUUACCUUGCAAGAGUAUGACAAACGAGCGCAGUGCCUAGAAGAGCAGUACAGUUCAUAUUACGUGCCGGAGGUGGAAGCUUUUAUCAACGGUACGCUAACUCUUGCAGGCAACGUUGUCGACAACGGAGGGCUUCGGGAUGCGUUCCGAGCUUAUCGAGCAUACGUCAAGCGAAAUGGUCCCGAACCAGUGCUGCCAGGUUUCGAGAAUUUCUCUCACGAACAGUUGCUGUUCAUCUCGUACGGGAAUCAAUACUGCGAAUCAUUUCAUCCAUUGAUGGCCAAGGACUGGAUUGAAGGCAAGCACAGUCCGCCCAAGUAUCGAGUGCUGGGAGUUCUGAGUAACAUGCCGGAGUUUAGCGAAGCAUUCCAGUGUCCUGUUGGAAGCAAAAUGAACCCGAAGCAAAAGUGUCGUGUGUGGUGAGAUUUUUAAUAGACCAC